CAAUAGUUAUUCUUUGAAGCGAUUUAUGACUAAAACACAGGUUUUGUGCGAAAGUCUGCGAAAAGAAAAUAAUUUAUUGAAAAACUAUUUGAAACUCAUUGAAGACAAUGAGGCGGUUAUGGAGACCACGAGUUGUGGUCAACAAUACUCACGAAGAAUAGUAGACAUGAAAGACACGUAUCGGCGGAUGUGUUGGAAGUGUUUCACGCGAUUCAGAGACGAAACCAUUGGUUUGCGGCAAACAUUUCCUGUGAUGAGUGAUAUCGACGAAGACGUGAACUUCUUGUGUUGCCUUUCCGUGGAUUCGUUCGCCAGGUUUACCACCGAUGAUGAGUCUGUGAUCACACUAUCUUUACUUAAGUCAUUAAAACAAUUAAAACGUUUACAAAAAUCGGAGUUCUUUCGGAGAAUUGUCUGUAUUUUUAUCACUAUUUGUGUCGACAAAGAGUUAGCAAAAAGCAAAUCACAAGAGGUUUACAAUCAAAGAGUUUUCAGUGAAAUCACGCCAUUGUUUGAUGAAUUGAUCCGAGAAUCGGAACAAACAUAUUGUGAACUCUUAUCUGUCUAUAAGUGCGCGAAAUCUUUGUGGACGUCAUCCGAGGUUUCGCUCAUUAAAUGCCGUGAUUUGAGACAAACCGUUGAAUCCAUUGAAACCGUAAACCUAUUGAAUGCCAACAGAAAUAUACGAAAACAUUUACUCAUAGCUCUUAACAUUGUCGACGAAUGCGAUUCACUCGUAGAUGAAGACAGUGUUGAAAGAAGUGAUGAUUUUAGACAUCAGUUGUCACUAAAAGUGGACUCAAUUGGCGCUGAAGUGAAGAAUUUGGAUAAUUUGGUCAUUAAUUUGGAGAAAAUGCUUAGAAUUGAAGAGCUCAAGAAAUCAAAACAGAAAUCAUUUAAUGAAAUGGAAGUGAAAGGCGAAGAAUCGGUGAAACCAUUGAUGACAUUAUCAACGGUUGAAGACUAUGUGGUUAGGGAUCAGGUGUUUGAGGCGUUUGUCACUCAGGAAUGCCAUGAAAUUGAUGUCGAAGUGAAUGCCGAAGAGGAACAGCUCUGGGAAUUCACGCGCAAAGUAACUCAAGACUCGACUAAUCUGUUCCGCGAACUCAAAGUCGCCCUCAAAUCCAAAGCCGUUGAACACGAGUUAAGGGAAGCGAAGGCUUUGGGAAUUGAACUACAGGUGAAUCCAAUGAAUGACAAUAUAAAUAAAGAGGAAGAUAUGGUGACAGCAGCUGAAGACCCAAUAAGUGAUGACAAUACGAGUCAAACACUUCCCAAACAGAGUUUUUAUGAACAAAACAUAGUUUCAACUGAAUUGUCGACCGAAAGUGAUUGGACUUUGAGUCCACAUAAGUGUCGGCCAGAAUUGAAUGCAUUCUCGUUGUCCUCUUUUGAGUCAAACAUCGCUUCAUUUGCCGCACAAAAGGCCAAAGAUUUUGUUACAAAAAUGGGUGCAAACUAUAAAUUGUUGAUUAGUUUUGCUGUAUUGACCCGACUAUUGGCCGGCAUAGAGUGCCGGUGCGGUUACCCAGAGAUGCCAUACAUGUCCAAAAGUAUCGACAGUAAAGACUACUUCGAAGAGGGCGAAAAAAUAUCGGUCAGUUGUAUCGGUGCGGUGGCCGUCGGGCAGACACUCAGGGAUCACGUAAUCCAGUGCCGGAACAACACAUGGAACACGACAAGCCUCCGGUGCUCUGCCAUUCACAACAUCACCGGCAUUGACAUCAGCCUCGAAGACGGCGACGGCAACAAUGGCCGCAAUUUUGAGGCCCAAGAGUUUGAGUACCUGACGGAUGCUGAUCCGGGCACUUGCGUACUGCUCCGGGACAACGAGCGCUGGAUCACACACUUGUCUGAGCGUAAGUUUGUGUCCAACGUGGCGGUGAUCGGCGCCCUUCUGGACGCCGCCAAACGGGACACACCGAUAGACGUGUCGAUAACACUGCCGGACGGCCAGCGGUGCUCAUUGGAGGAGCGCUCGGAGGCCGAGCACUCGGCGAUGGUGUUCAUGGUGUACAAGUGUCCGGACACAGCCGACCCGAUCGAGUCGCUGACGCUGGACCUGAAAUCGGUGGACAUUAACAUCAAUAUCUGCGGACUGGAAGUGUUUGCCCUCUUGACCGACGAUUGCGGUAAACCAGAGAUACCCCUCUAUUCCUAUACAAAUCAGUUGCGGAUCCAAAACGGGACCAAAAUAGCGGAAUACGUUUGCGCCAAAGGCUAUCGCAUGAUUGGCCACUCGCUCAGGACGUGCGGCGCCGACGGCCUGUGGUCGCCCCGACAGCCGCCCACUUGCGAGCCAGAGAUCCGGUGCGAGCGGUCGGCUGUGGAACCGGUGGAGAACUUCACCUACGAGUACAAAGACUUUGACCUCUUUGGCAACGCUGUGCCCGACGUGUCCACUAUUGUCUACCACUGCGCCAAUAAGUCAAUGGUCGCCAUCCCAUUGACUGAACACUACUGUCAACCCGACGGCAACUGGUCUGUCGUGGAGUACGCGCCCGACUGUCACCCCAGGCGUAUGUAUAACGUGUUCGAUCACCACUGGAUCAAUGAUAAGCACCUGAUAUACUACGGCGCGGCCGGACUGGUGGUGCUCUUCAUGGGAUCCUUUGUUAUACUCUUUCAUAUGAGACGACUGGCGAAGAAGAUCUCGCGACAGAUGCGGGAGAAGUCCUAUUAUGAUCAGGAAAAACAGUUGCCUCACUAUAACAAUGAGACCAAUUACCAGGAUCUGACCAAUUUGUUUGCCCAGCAUGAUGCCUCACAGGGCCAGAGCUCGCAGGCUGUGCCACAGGUCCAGCAAACCGACCAAAAUUUUCUUAUGAUGUUUUCGUGUGCCGAUUGUGGUCUCUGUGUGACCGGUCAGACACCUGACGGUCACAAUUGCGUCCAAGAGCUGGUUAAAGACCGGGAGGUAUACCUUCAGCAAAACAAUGAUCUGAAAACAGAGUGUAAAAUAUUGCAAUCCGAGAACGAAGAGUUGCGCAAAAAGUUGAGCGCCGAGUAUAUGCCGAGUGCCGGUGCCAGCGGUGCUGGCGAUCUGACCGAAAAAACUUUAUGGCCAUUUGUGUCGACCGACGCGACGGUGAGUUUUGGCACCUGUAAGGCAAUUGUGGGCCGCAUAGAGUUGACCAAUAAGUGGGCAAACUUGAGCCAAAUCGCACUGAUGGACAGUAAGAUUGAACCACCAGAAAGGGUAGAGAUUGGUUACAUUCAUACAUCUCGGCUAACCAUAUGCGCCGAUCCAACUGCACCCACACUACGGUUUAGACCCAAGCAUUGGAAGGCAAAGCAUGUUAUGCAACAAUUCAAAAAUAUGUAUCGAAUGGACGUUACAAAAGGCGAUACCAUUGAUAUAAGGCUGAGCGCCAGUAUACCGGCGCCGGCGGUCAUUCAGCUCCUGGAGUCCUAUUGCGAGGCCAAUGUCAAUGAAGAGGGAAGUGUUGAGUUGAUCCGAAAGCGCGAUUACAAAAGACUCAUUGGAUGUCUGACCAGAACUGAGAACACAACUCCUAAAGAAGUAUUUGGUGACGAUUUGUGCGAAGAGUUGUUGUCUUUCCUCACAUUUGAAGACCGAUUCCGUUGUGAAUGUCUAUCAAAACAGUGGCGAAGAGUGAAAUUC